AUGGAAGCAAAACACAAGGGAACAAAUCAUGGGUUUGUGAGAGGUAAGCUGGUCAAGUCUUUGUUUGGAAUGACCAAGCCUUCCAAGCUUUCCAAGCCAUUGCAAUCUAGUAGUAGCCCGUAUACUCCAAAUGGCAGUCCUGUUGAUUCUCCCACUCGCCAGAGCUAUUGCCCAAACCCUCCAUCAAUCCAAAAGGUUUCCACUACUAAGUUGAGAAGUUUCCCAGACUCUGGUGGUGACGAAAAUGUAGACAUGAAAGCUGCAACCUACAUUUCAUUUGGAAACGAAGCUCAUCUUUUCUAUUCUGUGAGCCCCACAGAUAUGCAGGCAGUAGGGAAGAAAGCUUUAGAAUGGAAUUUAAAUGAUUUGGAAAUGGGAUGGAGCUGUGAAAGGAAAGAGAGAAUUGGAAAAAAGAGAAGGGUUCUUGUCAUUGAUGAUGACAAUUUGAAUGAUCAAGAAACUGGUGGCCUUAGUUUAAAGCUUGGUGGUGAAAGGGUUACCGGGAAUUAG